AUGGCGCUAGCACGGACGCUGUGGCUGAAGCAGCAAAUCGGAACCGUUCUUUUUCUAGCGGCGGUGGCACGAACGUUGCAUAUAGCGAUGGGACAGACGAUGGGAUUGGAUUUGCUGCGAAGGAACUAUCGCUGGGUGCGUCCGUGUACAGAUGGAGUUGAUAUAGAUGCUGGUGAUAUCGCCGCGAUCGCGGGCGAAUCCGCAUCACUAUGCGCAGAGAAAGUGGCAAAUAUCUGUUUGAGUCGCAGAAAUUAG